UGCAAAAUGACUACAAAUUAUAUUCAAUAUUUUUUAUUAGUUGCAAUUUCCGUAAUAUGUUAUUACAAUUGCUGUAAUUGUGGAUUUGCAUUUGAUGAUAUUAGUGCAAUUCGUGAUAAUAAAGAUAUAACACCAAAUGUUCCAGUCAUAAACUUAUUCAAAAAUGAUUUUUGGGGAACAAGAAUAACCAAAGAACAGAGUCAUAAAAGUUAUAGACCUUUAACUGUACUAACUUUUAAAAUUAAUUAUAUUUUGGGCAAAUUAAAUCCAUUUGGUUAUCAUUUAUUGAACUUAUUUUUGCACAGUUUUGUUUGUGUUCUUUACAAGAAGGUAUUGCAAUUGUUUUUAAACAAUGAAAUAAGUUUUGCAUCAGCUAUGGUGUUUGCAGUACAUCCGAUUCACACUGAGGCAGUAACUGGUGUUGUAGGAAGAGCUGAACUAUUAUCGUCAAUUUUUUCGCUGCUCACAUUCUUAUCGUAUGAUGGUUUAACCAAGAAAUCAUUUUCUAUGAGCAAAUUGUUUUUCAUUGUAAGUUUAGUUUGUGCUGUAUUGUGUAAAGAACAAGGUAUUACAAUAUCAGCUAUAUGUGUUGUUUACGAAUUAUUUCUUAUUCAACAAAUAACAAUAUAUAACUUUUUGCAACCCAAACACUUAAUGAAAAACAUUAAUUCAGAUGGAACUCUACGAAUUUUCUUUGUAUUGAUUGUAACCUUCGCUUUAUUGGUGGCAAGAGUUUGUAUCAUGGGAUCACAAUUGCCUGUUUUUACUAGAUUUGAUAAUCCAGCUUCCGCAACAUCUUUUCCGACGAAACAACUAACAUAUGGUUAUUUGAUAUAUCUUAAUUUAAUGUUACUAUUUUAUCCUUCGAAUUUAUGUUGCGAUUGGACAAUGGGAACAAUUCCUUUAAUAACAAACUUUUCUGAUGUUCGAAAUUUAUUGACUUUUAUUACUCUAUGUUUUUUUAUAAUACUUGCAUACACUAUCGUUUAUAAUCAACGAGGAAAAAACAAUUCACAUUCGAAAGUAUUAAUAAUGGCUUUAGCCUUUCUCACGAUUCCAUUUUUACCUGCAGCUAAUUUAUUUUUUCCUGUUGGAUUUGUAAUCGCUGAACGAGUUCUUUAUAUGCCGUCUAUGGGGUUUUGCAUUUUAAUCGGCUAUGGUUUUAAUUUGCUUUAUGUAAAAUAUAAAAACAAAAUUAUAAAUCUAUUUAUGAUAUUGUUGAUUUUAUCAUAUGGAACGAAAACGAUUAACAGAAAUUUAGAUUGGGAAGACGAAUUUUCAAUAUUUACAUCUGGACUUAAGGUGAAUCGAAAUAAUGCGAAACUUUUUAAUAAUGUGGGUCAUUCUUUGGAAAACAAAGGACAACAUCUAGAAGCGUUGAGUUACUUCCUAAAGGCGACGGAAAUUCAAAAAGAUGACAUUGGAGCUUAUAUAAAUGUUGGAAGAGCGUAUAAAAGUUUAAAAAUGUAUGAUAAAGCAGAACAAGCAUAUUUAACAGCUAAGCAAAUGCUACCUAAACCAAAACAAGGAGAAACAUAUCAAGCGCGUGUGGCUCCAAAUCAUCUCAGUGUGUUUUUGAAUCUAGCAAGUUUGAUAUCGUUAAAUCAAUCUAGGUUAGAAGAAGCAGAUUUAUUAUACCGGCAAGCAAUAAGUAUGAGGGCAGAUUAUGUUCAAGCUUAUAUCAAUCGUGGUGACGUAUUAAUGAAGCUAAAUAGGGUUGUUGAAGCUCAAAAAGUUUACGAAGAAGCUCUUAAAUAUGACCACGAAAAUGCAGACAUUCAUUACAAUUUGGGAGUCGUCCUUUUAAAUCAAAAUAAUACUGAGAAUGCAUUAACCCAAUUCGAAUUAGCUUUAAAAUUUAAUCCUGAACAUGAGCAAGCCUUGUUCAACUCCGCUGUUUUAUUACAAGAAUUGAAUCAACCGAAGUAUAGAGCACCCGCUUAUGAAAGGCUUUUGAAACUAUUAGAUUUCAAUAAAGGCAAUGAUAGAGUAUAUUUUAAUCUUGGAAUGUUGUCAAUGGACGAAAACAAAACGAAUGAGGCUGUCUUUUAUUUUAAAAAAGCAAUUGAGUUGAAAAAAGACUUCAGAAGUGCUUUGUUUAAUUUAGCUUUACUUUUGGCAGAUUCUAAAAGACCGGUUGAAGCGAUACCUUUUUUGAAACAACUUAUGUUAUACUAUCCCAACCACAUAAAAGGUUUAAUACUGUUAGGAGAUAUUUACGUAAAUAACAUAAGAGAUUUGAAUGAAGCUGAAAAGUGCUAUAACAAAAUUCUUCACUACGAGCCAAACAAUAUUCAAGGUCUUCAUAAUUUAUGUGUUGUUUACGUUGAAAAAAAUGAACUUAACAAGGCACUGAAUUGCUUAGAAAAAGCACAUUUUUUGGCUCCUGAAGAAGAGUAUAUUUAUAGACAUUUAAAUAUAAUAAGGGCGAAAGUAAAGAAAAAACCUAAUGAAAGUUAAUCACGUAAAAUAUUUCUUAAAUAAACAUUCUAGAAGUAGUUAAUUUAUUAAAUAACUAACU